AUGCCUUACUUAUCCGAAGACAACAAGGAUCGUAUCAACGGAGCAUGUGCCGUUCUCAAAACAAUUGUUCAUUGGACAUGGGUUCCAGCUCUUUUGGCAAUCGGAUACAGUCAAUCUAAUCCUAAACCAUCCUUGAUCAAGUUGAGUCCUUGCUUCUUAUGA